UCCCCUCUGCUUUCAAUACACCAAGUGCAGCUGUUCUUCAGCUUCUUGCGUAAGGAGUUGUGCUCCAACCUCCAUCUUGCUUAUGUCCUUGUCUGUCUACUUCUGCCACCCUGCAUGAGACUGUGGUUCCUUUUGUUGGUCUUUAAAAUCUAGUUGGUCCCUCCACUGUGGAUGCCAAGUGAUCCGAGGAGUUUGGAGAGGCAAAGGCAGUCGUUAUUCUAGGCCAUGGUGCCGUACGCCAAUGCGGGAUGGACUCAAACCUUAUUAGACUGUUGGCAUGAAACGGUCCAAGGUAGCUAGUCUGGACAGGUGCCGAAGAACCAAAAUAGAUAAUAGCUGGGGUGCUCUAAGCUGUUGUUGUACUUCCAGCCUGCUGAAGGAACAGCCACGUGUCCCUAGCAAACCUCUGGGCAGCUCGGUCUGUUUCCGAGGGUCAGACAAAGGCUCAGGAUCGGAGUUGGUCAUGAUGGGCGUUUUUUCAAAGAAAAUGUUUAAAACAUUAAUUUUCUGGGAUUCUUUUUAACUGAAAUGUUUUGGUUUUUUGCUCUUUCCCCUUUUCCAGUUGCAAACUGGAAAGUGGGGUGGGUGGAUCCUGGGGAAGGAAAAACCCCUGGAAACGGGGCCGGGGGGGGGGCAGGUCAUAGAAAAUUUCAGAGAGAAGGGAAAUGUUCCUUUUGCAAAAAGGCUGUUUUUUGUUGAAAAAUGUUUUUAAAGGGAGAGUGUUGACUGGCUGCUCUUGCCAGGGGAGCCCCAAGUGUCGAUCCGUUCCCCUUCUCCUUGCAAUCCUUUGUUAUGGAGCAAGUAGUUUCCCCUCUAAGGAACGGAGGGGGACUCCCCCCCGCCCAGUUGGGGCUGUUGUCAGUCCCAUCAGGCCUGCUAGCCCGCCCCAUUAACCUGCUAGCCCACGGCUAGUAUCUGCAGAAAUAUUGACAUCCUGCCCUGCCACCCGGGAGAACAGGCCUGCUCGGAUUAGCGCUGCUCUGGGGAUUUGUAGAGGAGACAGGAUACACAAAUCUGUCCAGUUGUUUGCAGAGUUUUUUUUCCUCUGGCUUGCUGUGGAUUUAGGUGCUGAGGGCCUGCUCCAAAGCCCCUGAGCUGAUAGGAAGACUCCCACUACCUUCAGUGGCUGUGGAUCAGUCCCCAAAUGUUUCUGAGCCAAUAGUUAAACUGGCCUUGUUAGAGAGGGGAACUGCAACAGCUACUGACCCUGGCCCCAUCCUGCAAACAGGCACGUGUUGCACUAUUGCCCAGGAGACUGCUUAAUAGAUUACACCUGUGCUUAACUUUAUUAUUUGCACUGAAAUAGCACCUAGUGACCCCCGGCCAGAUCAGAGCCCUGGUGUGCUAGGGGCUGCUCAGCGCUCACACAGCUUAGUCUAAAUACACCAUCCAGCCAGUGGGGUAAAGAGCACAGUGAAGUGAUGUAACCAAGAUAUGGCAAAGGCAAGGCUAGAAUCCAAGUCUCCUGACUCGCAGCCCCGGGUCCCUUUCCAGCCUAGUAGACCAGACCACCCCCCCCCCCUUGAGAAGCGUUGGUAAUGGAAGGGAAUGCCACUGAACACAGAGCGAGGGAAAUGAGACCCCACAGCUGGAGGAGCCAGGAGGACAGUCUUUUGAAGGAGUGGCAUUUGUGAACAGAUGGUAACUGCACAGGUGGCUUGGUCAGGGGAUCACUGAAAUCCCUCACAAGUUUCAUGGAUAUAAAGGUGCUGUAAACAGCACUCACUGUUGAAGACCCAAGCUUCAUUGUAGGCACCUCAUAACUCUGAUCAUAAAUAUAUGUAAACGCUAGGGGCUAGAAUCUGGCCUCUCAAUGCCCAGGGACUAGUAGGCUAUUGAAUAGCCUGGAAGGGCUGCUUGCGGGAUAACGUACUAGCCCAUGGGCUUUGGGAGACCAGCAUCUGGCCUUUAAAAACUCAUUUCUCCUUUCACAAAUUAUAUCUGCCUUGCUAAAUCACCUGUGGUUUUAUUUGGGAGUGACUGUAACUGGCAAUACUUUGCUUGUUUCACCCUGGAACACGUCCCAGAACCGAGACGUUUCCUGGGGACAGAAGGGUGACACUGCUGCAAAAGCCCCUCCAUUAGAAACAAUGGAAUGAUAGUAAUUUACCAAUCCCAAGAAACCAUGAGUCAGUGCCCCGCCCUCCCAAAAAAAUACAAGAUUGGCUUAAAAAAUCAUGAUUUAAAAAAUAAAUGGGGGAGGGUUUUUUUCAUUCCUUCUCUGGUCUUUGAGCCUCUAGGGUUUGCGUUUCAUAUGCCGCUGUGAGGGCUCUAAAAUUACUAUGUUGAAAUUCCUGCGUAAUGACAUGAUGCAGGGGGACUGGGGCUUGAAGAAAAACACCAGCUCUGAGACUUGUGAUCAAACCAUGAGAACUGGCAACAUGGAGGCGAGUUUGGGUUCCCAGGGAGAAGCCGGGACCUGGAGCCAGGGGGACUGCACCAGCAGCUGACACCCCACCGCAGCCAUGAGCCUGGAGCCCCCCAAGCUGGAGGUCAAGUCAGCCACCAGGGUGACUGGAGGGCCAGCCACCCCCAGGAAAGGGCCCCCCAAAUUCAAGCAGAGGCAAACCAGGCAGUUCAAGAGCAAGCCACCCAAGAAGGGGACCCAAGGGUUCGGUGAUGACAUCCCUGGCAUGGAGGGGCUGGGAACAGACAUCACCGUGAUUUGCCCCUGGGAAGCUUUCAGUCACCUGGAACUCCAUGAGCUGGCGCAGUACGGCAUCAUCUAACCAGCCCCUGACCUCAGAAUCGAGGCAUGUGUCUCCUGGCAGCCCAUGUAGGUGUCACUAUUUAUACAGAGGGUGCUGCAGCUGCUUUUGCGGCUUGUGACCAGACCAGCCUGAAAAAGCUCUUUAAAAUAAACAUGCUCAGUUGAAUCUGC